GGUCUCAAACCUGUGAUACCGCCUUUAGUAGAGCACGUUACACUGCCUGUAGCCCAUGGACCAAGCGGUUCCAUCAAGCAUUCAGGCUUCGGUGGAUAAUCAUCUUCGGACUGAGCUGUUUAUGAAUCGUAUACGUUGAUCAGCUGAUAAGACGUCAGGAAAAUAUUCAUUGCUCACAAUUGCUCGCAGACUGUCGACGAAUACAGACAUUGUUGAGGAGAAAAUGGCAAAACAAGUGGAAAUUAAGUAUACCCAACUUUUUAUUGAUAAUGAAUUUGUGGAUGCUGUGAGUGGCCGUAAAUUUUCCACAAUAAAUCCGGCUAAUGGUGAAGUCAUCGCAGAAAUUUCCGAAGGAGAUAAGGCCGAUGUAGAUAAAGCAGUGGAUGCUGCUAAGCGAGCUUUUGCCCGAAAUUCGAAAUGGCGUAAAAUGGAUCCAUAUGACCGUGGACAACUUAUGCAUAAGUUGGCAGAUCUCAUUACGCGCGAUUUAGAUUAUAUCGCCACUCUUGAAACUCGUGAUAAUGGAAAAACGUAUGCAAGUGCUGUAGGUGAUAUAGAAGCAGGUAUCGCUUGUCUUCGUUAUUAUGCAGGCUGGUGUGAUAAAAUACAGGGAAACACAAUUCCAACAGGCGAUACCUACGUUACACUGACACGAAGAGAACCAAUCGGCGUUGUAGGACAAAUCAUCCCUUGGAAUUAUCCCUUCCUGAUGUUAAUUUGGAAAUGGGGUCCUGCAUUGGCUACUGGAUGUACUUUAAUCUUAAAACCAGCAGAACAAACGCCUUUGACUGCACUUUAUACAGCUGCUCUUGCUAAAGAGGCAGGAUUUCCAGCAGGUGUUAUAAAUGUCAUUCCAGGUUACGGUCCAACUGCUGGUGCAGCUAUUGCUGAGCAUUCAGAAAUUCAUAAAGUUGCUUUUACUGGAUCCACUGAGGUUGGACAUGCUAUAAUGGCAGCUGCUGCUAAAAGUAAUCUUAAACGUGUCAGUCUUGAACUAGGUGGCAAAAGCCCACUCGUUAUCUUUGAUGAUGUUGAUGUGAAAGAAGCUGCAGAAAUUGCACACGAUGCUAUAUUUGUCAAUCAUGGACAAUGUUGUUGCGCGGGAUCGCGAACAUUCGUGCACUCUAAGAUAUAUGAUGAAUUUGUAAAGCAUGCUAAACAACUGGCUCUUGCUAAAAAAGUAGGAGAUCCAUUUGACUCUAAAAUUGAUCAAGGCCCGCAGAUCGAUCAAGAGCAGUUAAACAAAAUUAUGGACUUAAUAAAUUCGGGCAAACAACAAGGCGCUGUUGUGGAAGUUGGUGGAAAUCGCAUUGGUGAAACUGGCUAUUUCGUACAACCUACAAUCUUUUCUAACGUAACCGACGAUAUGCGAAUUGCCAAAGAAGAAAUUUUUGGUCCCGUUCAAACGAUUUUGAAAUUCGAUACCAUGGAUGAAGUAAUUGAACGUGCCAAUCGCACUAACUAUGGUCUUGCCUCUGGUAUAAUUACUAAAGAUAUUAAUAAAGCUUUGGAAUUUGCCCAAGCCAUAGAAUCAGGCAGUGUUUGGGUAAAUUGUUAUGAUGCUAUCACAUCCCAGGCACCAUUUGGUGGAUUCAAACAAUCUGGUAUAGGACGUGAACUGGGAGAAGAGGGCUUGAACGAAUAUCUUGAGAUUAAAACAAUUUCCAUCAAAGUUACAAAAAAUAAUUAAUAUCCGUGACUAAAAGGAAAUAAUAUACAAUGUAUCCCCUUAAUUUUUGUUCUAUCUUUGUCAUAAUUGAUUUAAAUAAAGCUACUUUAACAGAUUGUUAAUAAAAUACAA